GAUAGUAUCGAUAAGGCUGAUGUUUUGCCAGCACUAACUAGAUCACACCGAUCACAAAUUAAAAUUGAAAAAAGAAAAUUUAGUGCUAUUUGCAAGGCAGCUGUAGAUUUCACCGGAAAACCCGAAUUCCAAAGCAUUAUUCCAUAGACCCAUUGUCAAGCAGCAGCACACUCUCACAAUGGAGAACAACGAAGCCCCCACUCCCUCUGGAUCCAAUAACAACGAUUUUCCCAUACUUCCGCCACCACCGAAUGCUCACGACAAUAACUACGAAAAAUACGGGGACCAUCACAUCAGCAACAACAAUGCAGCCAACAAGCGAUUGCAGCAGACACAGGCCAAGGUGGACGAGGUGGUCGGCAUCAUGCGGGUGAAUGUGGAGAAGGUGCUGGAGCGGGACCAGAAGCUGUCGGAGCUGGGCGAGCGUGCCGAUCAGCUGGAACAGGGCGCAUCCCAGUUCGAGCAGCAGGCCGGCAAGCUAAAGCGCAAGCAAUGGUGGGCCAACAUGAAGAUGAUGAUCAUCCUGGGCGUCAUUGCCGUUGUGCUGCUCAUCAUAGUCCUGGUGUCGGUCUGGCCGUCCAGCAGUGGCAGCGUCAGUGGUGGAGGAGCUAAGGCCAUCACCGAGGCCCCUCCGAAUAAGCCUUAGAGGAUAUGGAACGGAAAUGGACCAAACAUCUAUUCUGGGACGGGAACCCUUUCGCGCAAAACACACACACACACAGAGGAGGGAGGAAAAAAUCAAAAGAAGAUAAACUACUAAAAUCGCGCCUAAAACAUAUAUAUAUAUUUAACCAGAUUGUAAUUAUUAAAACUUAAUGUUAAACCAAACCCAAUUUAUGUACGUAUUGUAGCCGUGACCAGAGGUCCUCGCAUAUGUGUGUAUGGAUAUAUAUACGAUUUAUAUAGAUACUUGUAUGUCAUGCAAUUGAAAAUACAUCAUGCCACCUACACUUUAA